GCCGCCGCUUCCGGCCUCCAUUUUACGCGGCGGCAGCGGCCGGAGGCCGAGGCGGUGCCGCGGGUGGAGAGUUCGGCCCGGACGGGUGCGUUCCGGGUGCCGGGUUGUUUCUUCUUCCUUGGGCGUGGUGGACGAGGUUGCGAUCUCCUGUGGCUGCGGUUCCCGGAGUGCCGGCGCGGGGAUGGGUUCCCGCAGCUCCCCCGGGAAGUUCGGCCCCGGCCGCUGAACCCGCCCGGAGCCCCCAGAAGGUUCGCGGGUCGUGUCCCCGGCGAGGAGGAGGAGGAGGAGGAGGAGAUCAGGGCAGGGCCGGCAGGCCCCGCGGGCAGCAUGGACCAGAGCGUGGUGGAGCACCCGGUGACCCUCAUCAUCAAGGCCCCCAACCAGAAAUACACCGACCAGACCAUCAGCUGCUUUCUGGAGUGGACUGUGGGCAAGCUGAAGUCCCACCUCUCCAAGGUGUACCCCAGUAAGCCGUCUACAAAGGAUCAGAGACUGGUGUAUUCUGGCAGACUGCUUCCUGAUCAUCUGCAGCUGAAAGAUGUUCUCAGAAAACAAGAUGAAUAUCAUAUGGUUCACCUGGUAUGUACAUCUCGGACACCCCCAAGUUCUCCAAAGCCCAGCACCAGUAGAGAAGGUCAUGGAGCUUCAACCUCCAGCAGUAGCUCAAAUUCAGACCGUUCUGGAUCAACUGCUGCCUCACCCACAAACCAAGAAGCUGCUUCUACAUCUUUGAACACUAGUGCAGAUGGAGUGAGGCAUCGUAAUCUUCCACAAGCACACAGCAAUCCCAUGCCAAGCCACCAGUUUCCUUAUUUAAUGCAAGGCAACAUAGGCAACCAGUUUCCAGGCCAAGGUGCUCCUGCUGGAUUUUCCAUGUAUCCUGCAUUCAGUCCCUUACAGAUGAUAUGGUGGCAACAGAUGUAUGUACGUCAGUACUACAUGCAAUACCAAGCUGCUGUUUCAGCCCAAGUGACUUCCAGCACUGAGCCAGCGAGAUCUGCAGUUGCCCAGGCUGUAAAUUCAGAACACGCUCCUGCAAAUGAGCCUGCAGCAGUGCCAAAUGUAGCUGUCCAGGACAACAGGCCUGUAAACCAAAAUGUUCAGAUGAAUGCACAGGGUGGCCCAGUAGUGAAUGAAGAGGACUUCAACCGGGACUGGCUGGACUGGAUGUACACGUUCUCUAGAGCAGCAAUUCUUCUGAGCAUUGUAUACUUCUAUUCUUCUUUCAGUCGGUUUGUCAUGGUAAUGGGAGCCAUGCUGCUGGUUUAUUUACACCAAGCUGGAUGGUUUCCCUUUAGGCAAGAGGGAGGCCAACAACAGGCAGCCAAUAAUGCAGAAGUGAACCGUGAUGGGCAACAUGCAAAUAAUCCUGAUCUUGAAGAGAUGGAGCGACUUAUGGAUGAUGGGAUUGAUGAAGACAGCGGAGAAGAUGCAGGUGAAGAUGGCAAUACAGAGCAGCAGCCUGGAUUCAUGGCUUCUGCGUGGUCCUUUAUCACAACCUUCUUCACAUCACUGAUCCCUGAAGGGCCUCCACAGGUUGGCAAUUAAAGUGGAAAAGGAACUGUGUCAGGCAGCCUCAGUAGCCAUAUGUAGAAGUGGAGCAGAUUCUAGAGAGUGUUCUAAAUACAGUGCAAUUUCUGAAAAUUUAUAAUGUUAUCUUUUUGAUCAUGGUGUACAAAAAUGUGUAUUUUUUUUCUUUUGGCUUUCUCAUGCAUUGAAUAUUUUAAGCACAAGUGGACUACUAAAUGCUUUCUUUAAGAUUCUUCUUUUUCUGAAGAAUAAAAUGUAAAGAUAUUGGUCUUCCAUGUUUUGUUUUAAUUUCAAAUGUGUGUUACUCUGAGGCAAAGAGCUUGUAUGUAAUCUGCACCAUUACCUCUUUAAAGAGCUGUUAAAAGUAUGAAUGUUGACAGACCUUUCCAAAUGAUCUCUAUUUACCUGAAUAACUAAUCUUGUGUUUGAUGCAGGGUAUGAAUUCUCCCAUGAGAUUUGGAACUUACAUAAUUCCUGAGAGAAUGCAGUUAACACGAGGGUUACUCGUUAAUGGCAUGCUGUCUUCAUGUCAGAACGUAGUAAGCUUCUUCAUUUAAAAAGCUCAAGCUUUUUCUUGAGACUGUGCUGACACUCAUUAAAGUUGGAGGUAUUUGACAGCUCUUCAAAGACAAUUGGCAGUCAUGGGAUAAACCUUAAAUGUUUGAUACAUACAGUACUUUUUAAGGAGAAUAUAGCUGUGCUGGGGCAAAACAUGUACAUUAGGUUUUUUAAUAAAAACUGUUAUGGUAACUCUUUUGGAUGUUUAUAUGCAUAUUUGAAUGCAAAUGACUAAAUUGUGCCUCCUUAAGGAUGAGGAUAUGAUUAAUUUGAGAGUGUAAUAAAGUUAUCAUGGUGGCAUUACUGACAUCGACCAAAGUGAUGUGUUUGUAGCAGCGUCUAUGCAGUUACGAGUAUGCUCUCAACAGCAGACUAUAGCAGACUAUCUGUAUUCUUUAACUUCAUUAACCUAAUUAAAACUGAGAAAGAAAAUGGUA